AAUGCUGCGCGUGCAUGCGUCUCACCUGAUUACGUCUAAUUUAUUCUUUAUUAAUUUAUUUCCGGACAAUAACCCCCACACAACACGAAAAUGACUCACGUUUCGUACGAGCAAAUUACAUUUAAUGAUGGGAUAAUGCUAAUUGGAAUUGAACUCGUAGCCUACUUAGUCAAAGCUCUGUUGAACGUCUUGUCAACAGUAAUGAGAGUAACGAACAACGUUCAAACGAUGUGUCAUACAUACAAACGGUGACCUAAUCUCUGGAGGCGAUUGAUGUGAUUACUCUGAUUAACCGUUUAUAGCCUGUGAGUUAUCUACUUUAUUAUAGUCGUAGUGUAUUCGAGGGUUGCUUUAUGGGGCUUUAAGUUAAGGGUGCAGUGCAGCAUCAGUCACACCAUGGUGAAUUAAUAAAGUCUUCUACGUGGUAAAAUGGGCGAGCCUACUGUAAAGCCGUGUAAAGUUGCAAGUAUUUUUCCCCGGUCUUUGACUCCCUCGACCGCAUCUAAAAACGAGUAUUUCACUCCUUGUCGACAACAGCAGUCAAUCACACAGUUUUUUUGCGGCAGAUGUUGAAUGUAAAAUCCGUACGACUUGUGUUUAUAUUUCUGGACUGCGGAGCUUGGCGGCGACAGUAAAGUUUCCUGAAUGACUUAUUCUUUAGCUGAGAGCGAUUCGAACAAGUCGGGAGAGAGGCUGGAGCUGGAAUCCGGACUCGGGCUUGCUCUCGUUUUGCAGUGAAGCGGAAUUUCUGGGGUUAAUGAAAAGGCGCGAGCUUAUCCCCAUGUCGCGCAAUUGGACCUGGCAAGGGUCUGGAGCCGCGUGUUCGCGAGCGCGUUUUAACCCUGCCCGCGCGCUUGGAUCAUUUGAAAGAGGAGGAGGCGGAGGACAGAGCAUCCUUCUCCCGUGCAAAAUCACCCGGGGUUCACACACACACACACCGCUGACGGACUGAGAAAGUAAAGAAUGUAGAUUACACACGUCCUGGGUCGCACCGCGAGCAAUAGGACCUGCUUUUGCUCUCCAGUGCGCGAAAUCAUUUUUUUUAUGCCACAUCAGUCUGAAUCGUUCAGACUCGAAGUGCGAUGGAUAGCGGCGGUAAGGAAUCGCGAUGAAAGGCUGAGGAGAAGCAGGCUGCUGCAUUGCUUGCGAGGAUGGACUGCUUAUGCAUUGUUACCACUAAGAAGUACCGGUACCCAGAUGAUGACGCGUCCCCGCCCCUGGAGCACGGCUCGCCGAAUCUGGCCAAUGAGGCGCCAGCGCCGGAGCUGGUGCAGGUGGCCGAGAAGAGCCUGUCCCAGAUCGAGAACGUCCACGGCUUCGUGUCCCACUCCCACAUUUCCCCCAUGAAGGUAGAGUCCCUGGAGUGCAUCUUCGACGGGUCGCCGGCCUUAGGAAACGAGGAGGUCCCGGCCCCCACCUUCUCCGCCCUGUACGCUCAGAGCGACCCCCUCCUGCAGCAGACGGACGCUGCGCCUCCCUCUGUACCCAUAAUUCCUGUGAUCCCUAUCUCGCCAGUCCCGGCCGAGAGCACUGUCAUCCCUCCAUCCACGCCACAGGCGAAUCCACCACCGGUCGUGGUGAAUGCAGACAGUUUGGACACGCCUCCUUACGUGAAUGGAACGGAAGCAGAUUAUGAAUAUGAGGAGAUCACGCUCGAGCGGGGAAAUUCUGGCCUGGGGUUCAGCAUCGCGGGCGGUACGGACAAUCCCCACAUCGGCGAAGAUCCCAGCAUCUUCAUCACCAAAAUCAUCACAGGAGGCGCAGCGGCACAGGAUGGUAGACUUCGAGUGAAUGACUGCAUCCUGAGAGUGAACGAUGUGGACGUGCGGGACGUCACGCACAGUGAAGCGGUGGAGGCGCUGAAGGAGGCCGGCAGCAUCGUCAGGCUCUACGUCCGGAGGAGGAAACCGCUGGGCGAGAAAAUCGCCGAAAUCAAACUCAUCAAAGGUCCCAAAGGUCUCGGUUUCAGCAUAGCAGGGGGGGUGGGAAACCAGCACAUUCCUGGAGACAACAGCAUCUACGUCACCAAAAUCAUCGAGGGGGGGGCCGCGCACAAGGACGGGAAGCUGCACGUAGCAGACAAACUUCUGGCUGUGAACAGCGCUUGCCUUGAGGAGGUGACUCAUGAGGAUGCGGUGGCGGCUCUGAAGAACACCUCGGACGUCGUCUACUUGAAAGUGGCGAAGCCCAGCAGUAUCUUCAUGAAUGACAGCUUCGCCCCCCCGGAUAUCACCAACUCGUACUCCCAGCACCUGGAGAACCAUAUCACCCCGCCCAGCUUCCUGGGUCAGCCGAUAGCGCCCGUCGCCCCCGGACGCUACUCCCCCGUCUCCAAGCCCCUGCUGGGAGACGAUGACAUCACAAGGGAGCCCAGGAAGGUGGUCCUGCAUCGAGGCUGCACGGGGCUGGGCUUCAACAUUGUGGGCGGAGAAGAUGGAGAGGGCAUCUUCAUCUCCUUCAUCCUGGCAGGAGGCCCAGCGGAUCUGUGCGGGGAGCUGAGGAAAGGAGACCGCAUCGUGUCUGUGAACGGGGUGGACCUGCGCUGUGCCACGCACGAGCAGGCGGCGGCGGCGCUGAAGAACGCCGGGCAGACCGUCACCAUCGUGGCCCAGUACCGGCCCGAGGAAUACAGCCGGUUCGAGGCGAAGAUCCAUGACCUGCGCGAGCAGAUGAUGAACAGCAGCAUCAGCUCAGGGUCCGGCUCCCUCCGGACCAGCCAGAAGAGGUCGCUAUACGUCAGGGCGCUGUUCGACUACGACAAGACCAAGGACUCGGGCCUCCCCAGCCAGGGCCUGGACUUCAAAUUCGGGGACAUCCUGCACGUGGUGAACGCCUCGGACGACGAGUGGUGGCAGGCGCGGCAGGUGACCCCCGACGGCGAGGUGGAGGAGAUCGGCGUCAUUCCCAGCAAGAGGAGGGUGGAGAAGAAGGAGAGGGCUCGAUUAAAGACCGUCAAAUUCAACCCCAAGUCCCGGGAAAAAGGGCAGUCAGUCAAUGACAAGCGUAAAAAGAAUCUCUUUUCCCGAAAAUUCCCUUUCUACAAGAACAAGGAGCAGAGCGAGCAGGAGACCAGCGACGCUGAUCAGCAUGUAACCUCUAACGCCAGCGAUAGCGAGAGUAGCUACCGUGGCCAGGAGGAGUAUGUCCUCUCCUACGAACCCGUCAAUCAGCAGGAAGUGACGUACACCCGCCCGGUGAUCAUCCUGGGGCCCAUGAAGGACCGCAUCAACGACGACCUGAUCUCCGAGUUCCCCGACAAGUUCGGGUCCUGCGUGCCCCACACAACCAGACCAAAGCGUGACUAUGAGGUGGACGCCAGGGACUACCAUUUUGUGGUGUCGCGCGAGCAGAUGGAGAAGGACAUCCAGGAUCACAGGUUCAUCGAGGCCGGGCAGUACAACAACCAUCUGUACGGCACCAGCGUCCAAUCGGUGCGCGAGGUGUCGGAGAAGGGCAAGCACUGCAUUCUGGAUGUGUCUGGAAACGCCAUCAAGAGGCUCCAAAUAGCUCAUCUGCACCCUAUCGCUAUCUUCAUCAAACCAAAAUCCGUGGAAAAUAUUCUAGAGAUGAAUAAGAGGCUGACGGAGGAACAGGGCAGGAAAACAUUCGACAGAGCCAUGAAGCUGGAGCAGGAGUUCACCGAGCACUUCACCGCUAUCGUACUGGGGGACACCCUGGAGGAGCUCUACAGUCAAGUGAAGCAGAUCAUCGAGGAGCAGUCUGGGCCCUUUAUAUGGGUCCCGGCCAAAGAAAAAUUGUGAAGACGCAGAAGCUCUAGCUUUUCUUUAUUUGAUUUUUUUUUAUAAUUAUUAAUUAUUGUUAUUAUUGUUUGAUUUCUUUUUUUUUCUUUUUUUUAACCAGCCUGGCCUGUUGUGUCUGACAGUGCUGGCUCCUCGCUCCAGGUGUUUGGGUGCACCUGCCCCUCGCUCCAGGUGUUUGGGUGCACCUGCCCCUCGCUCCAGGUGUUUGGGUGCACCUGCCCCUCCUGCCGUUACCUUUGAAGGUCGGGCCGUGGUCGUAGAAUGGUUUCCAUGGCAACCCAUUUCUGGUUCUUCAAGACUGGAGUUUAGACCUCCUGAUUGGAUCAUUGACGAUUUCCUUCGGAGGGGGGUGGAGGGGUUGGACUGGGGGGAGGCACUGCCUGACCAGCAACUAUAAGGGGAAUUUACGGUACAAUUCCUUAAUGUUUAAGGGAGGUGACUUUCUGCGAAAAUAAUAAAUAAAAUCUAGAUGCAUAUAUAUAUAUAUAAUUUUAUUAUUUUUCAUUACAGUGGAAGGAAAUGCAGUCAUGUGCAUAUUGGUUCAUUAAAAACAUGAAGCAAAACUUUGCACGUCAUAGCUUUAACAGCAUGUUUUGAUUAAUAUAUUUUUUCUGUCAAGCUUUUGUUUUUCUUUAAUUUGCUGUUCCUUUUUUUGUUUGUUUGUUUGGUUUUUUGGGAAGGCCUGUGUCUGAAUUGCAGUUAUCAUAGCCUUGUUUUAAUUUUACCGUACUGUUCCAUGCGUAUUUCCAAAACCCCAACAAUCUGUUGACAUCUGUCUGCCAUUUUGUUUUUGAUUUUUUGCACUAAAUAGCUGCACGAGUACAAGAUAGCGUGAGGCGUUUGUUAGAGUGGUCCUCUGACACGUACAGUAAGCAGCACCCCGUGAUUAAAAACCGCUUUUCUCUCCGUGAUCACCGGCUAUUUUUCUUAUCUUUUGGUGCUUCUGAGAAUUCAUUAAAUGCAAACACAGCGAUGAAAUGGAGUGGCUGUUUUUCAAAAACCGAGAUGUCAGGCAGGCAGGGGGCAAAAAAACACUUGCGAAACUGAAACCGAAGGAAUUUAAUGUACACUGAGAUUUUAACAGAUAUUUAACCCUCAGUAAACUGCCUAUUUUGUUAUAAUAAAAAGUCUAUAUUGAACUUAAACUUAAACACUACAACUGUGGGAAUUAUUUUCUUUACAUUGUCAGGCAUAUAUAAAUAUAAAUAUAUAGAUAUAUAAAUAUAAAUAUGAAUAUAUUUUUUCCUUUGCUCUUGCCGUUACUUCCUUUGCCGUGUAAAUUUCCUUUCUGAACGCUGAAACAGGAAAAGACCCAUCCUAACAGACGAAGCCCAGGGGGUAUGGGAAUGCAGUAUUUGGUAUCAAGCAGUCGCAAAACAAGUAACCGUGGCAGCUAGUUCUCCUCUUACCUGGCCCUUCCAUAUGAAUUCUCUGUGAGUUUUUUCAUGUGAUGUGCAUGGUUUUUAAAGCAAUAGUCUUUAUUAUAUAAAAAAUAAGUUUUAACUAAAAACGGGAAAAAAAAGAUGAUGAAAAAAUGACUCUUGUGUUUCUCACCUGGGGUUUGUGAAAUGUCAUAUCUAAAAGCCGUAGCUACGCCGGGGGUUGUAUAGGCUUCUCUUGUGUGGACAUUGGCCAUUUUACUUGGUUCUGAACAGAAGCGCUGUUUUAAUUACGAGCCUUUAGUCCUCCAUCCACCAGAGGGAGCUCUGCCCGGUUCCCCCUGCUCGUCCUCAUGUUCCUCGGAGACGAUGAUUGUUUUCUAUGAGACUGCUUCGUUCUUUUAUCACCUCACCCCACCGCUUUUGUUACUCGUUUUUGGACUGGAUUAUGUAAAUAGCCUGUCGGCCUGAUUCAUUCCAUUUGUCUAAAGAGGAGAACUGCUAAUAAAAUCUUUCUCUUACAACGCA